AUGUUUGAAUUCAAACUGCUUCCAAGAACACUUCAAAGACCUCAUUGGCUCUCGUUCAACUCUUAUUUCAUCUCUCUUGUGCAAGACAUUGAAGUGAAUGGAUCAAUGAUUUCGCGGUCGAGUAAUAAAGUGAAUGAAACCAUCGGUAUACAAAAUGGAGAACAGUCGAGCGAACAGAAAGAAACUAAAAAAAUUUACCUUCGAACACCCUCGCUAAAUGGUCAAUUAGAAAGAAGUGUUUUUGAUUUCAAGGGCUAUGAAAAAAGAGAAACGUAA